AUGUCUUGGUUUAGAAAUCUAAUCCAACUCUCCACCAUUAAACGAUCGCCACUCAAACCCACUAAAUCCAUAGUCUCACCUUCGCUAACCCAAUUAUUGCAGUUUAGCACAGAGUCCGAAUCGGCCGCCACCAGGCAAGGCGGUUUGGGGCCGACGAAAGGCGACGAGAAGCCCAGGGUGGUGGUGUUGGGCUCGGGCUGGGCUGGGUGUAGACUUAUAAAGGACAUUGAUACGAAGAUGUACGACGUCGUAUGCGUUUCACCGAGGAAUCACAUGGUGUUCACCCCCCUGUUGGCUUCUACUUGCGUGGGCACUCUUGAAUUUCGGUCCGUCGCUGAACCCAUCGGAAGAAUUCAACCGGCGAUAUCGCGGGAACCCGGUUCUUAUUUCUUCCUAGCUAAUUGCACCGGCGUGGAUUUUCAGAACCAUGCGGUGCACUGCCAAACUGUGACUGAUGGAGUAGAUAUCCCAGACCCAUGGAGCUUCAAACUUUCAUAUGAUAAGUUAGUCAUCGCAUCUGGAGCACAGGCUUCUACUUUCGGGAUAAAGGGUGUGAAGGAGCACGCAAUUUUUCUCCGUGAAGUUCAUCAUGCUCAAGAAAUCCGGAGGAAGUUACUAUUAAACUUGAUGCUGUCGGAUGUGCCUGGGGUCAGUGAUGAAGAAAAGCUUAGACUACUUCACUGCGUUGUUGUUGGUGGCGGUCCAACUGGAGUCGAGUUCAGUGGUGAACUUAGUGAUUUUAUCACUAGGGAUGUUCAUCAAAGAUAUGCCCACGUGAAAGAUUAUAUCCGUGUUACAUUGAUUGAGGCAAAUGAGAUAUUAUCUUCCUUUGACGAUCGCCUUCGGCAAUAUGCGACUAAGCAGCUAACCAAGUCGGGAGUUCGUCUUGUCCGUGGCAUUGUCAAGGAUGUUCAACCGCGGAAGAUAAUUCUGACUGAUGGCACAGAUGUUCCAUAUGGCCUGUUAGUGUGGUCUACAGGCGUUGGUCCCUCAGGUUUUGUGAAUUCUCUAGAAGUUCCAAAAUCUCCCUCUGGAAGGAUUGGUGUUGAUGAGUGGCUACGCAUCCCUUCUGUGCAGGAUGUGUUCUCUAUUGGUGACUGCUGUGGGUUUCUGGAAAGUACGGGAAAACCAGUUCUUCCUGCUUUGGCGCAG